GUCCGGCCGUUGUCGGUGUAGGUGUAAGCGGAGGCGGCUGUGCGGGUGACGGGAUGCGCGGGGACCCAGCAGCUGCAGGCGGACACAGCAUGGAGACCGGUGUGCGGAGCGCGGCGCUCAGGGGAUAGACCGGAGGACGGGAGAAGAGAGAAAAUAAGACGGCAUAGCUCUUGAGGUGAAGUUGCCAGGAGUUGAGCCGACGAUGUGAAAGAACGUCAUUAUGUUGUAUGGAAGCAGAAGAGCUGAGAGUGACCCGCGCUGCCAGUUGAAGUGGCUCCAUUGAUGCAUUCCCAGCGCUGUGUAAAUACGGACAUACCUUUUUCAGUGUUUCAUCGUUGAUACCUAGAGCAGACAUUACAGAACCACUGUGAUGGUGCAAUGAAAUGAGGCUCCGAAAUGGAACUGUGGCCACCGCAUUAGUGUUUAUCACUUCUUUCCUUAGCCUGUCCUGGUACACAGCCUGGCAAAAUGGGAAAGAGAAAUUGAUUGCUUAUCAGCGUGAGUUUCAUGCUCUGAAGGAACGCCUACGUAUCGCUGAGCAUAGAACUCUCCAGCGCUCAUCAGAGCUCCAUGCUAUUCUGGAUCAUUUCCGGAGGGCAGUGUCGGAGGCGAACGGGAGCCGAGAUGCAUUAAGUCAUUUUUCAGAUGAAGCUCAAAAAUUAUUAAAGGAUUUAAAUUACAGAAAAUCUCUUCAAGUGCCAAAUAUUUACUACCAUAUGCCUCAUUUAUUAAACCAUGAAGGAAGCCUCCAGCCUGCUGUGCAGGUUGGUCUUGGAAGAACAGGAGUGUCAAUUGUAAUGGGCAUCCCAACAGUAAAAAGGAAAGUGAAGUCUUAUUUGGCCGAGACUCUACAUUCGUUAAUUGAUAAAUUGUCUCCAGAAGAAAAACUUGACUGUGUUAUAAUAGUCUUUGUUGGAGAAACAGAUCUGGAAUAUGUGCAUAGCGUUGUUGGCAGUUUACAGAAAGAAUUCUCUACCGAAAUCAGCUCUGGUUUAGUGGAAGUGAUUUCUCCACCUGCUACCUAUUAUCCAGAUUUGACAAAUUUAAAGGAGACAUUUGGGGACUCCAAGGAAAGGGUUAGAUGGCGAACCAAACAAAAUUUAGAUUAUUGUUUCCUGAUGAUGUACGCUCAGAGGAAGGGUAUUUAUUACAUCCAGCUUGAAGAUGAUAUUGUUGCCAAGCAAAAUUACUUCAGUACAAUAAAGAACUUUGCACUUCAGCUGUCUAAUGACGAGUGGAUGAUACUGGAGUUUUCUCAGCUGGGAUUCAUUGGAAAAAUGUUUCAAGCUCCUGAUAUGACUCUUAUUGUCGAGUUCAUCUUUAUGUUCUACAAGGAGAAGCCAAUUGACUGGCUACUUGACCACAUCUUAUGGGUAAAAGUCUGUAACCCAGAAAAAGACGCAAAACAUUGUGACAGGCAAAAAUCCAAUCUUCGAAUCCGGUUUAGACCUUCCCUCUUCCAGCAUGUCGGUCUGCACUCCUCAUUAGCAGGGAAAAUACAGAAACUCACGGAUAAAGAUUUCUUAAAACCAUUAUUGCAUAAAAUUCACGUGAAUCCUCCAGCUGAAGUUUCAACAUCCCUAAAAGUAUAUCAAGGUCACGCUCUCGAAAAGACGUACUUGGGGGAGGACUUCUUCUGGGCUAUCACCCCAAUGGCUGGAGACUACAUUCUGUUCAAGUUUGAUAAGCCAGUGCAUGUUGAAAGGUAUUUGUUCCGCAGUGGAAACUCUGAACAUCCUGGAGACUUGUUAACAAACACAAGUGUGGAGGUUUUACCUUACCAGAAAGUUAUUUUGGACUUAAAGAAGGAAGCCAGAGACAUACUCCUUUCAGAUGGUUUUGUUAGAAUAGGAAAUUUUGAAGAUGGAGUUGCAGAAGGACCGGUAGAUCCUGGGUUAAAUCCCAUUUCAGCAUUUCGACUUUCAGUCUUACAAAAUUCAGCUGUUUGGAUCAUCCUUAAUGAGAUCCACUUAAAAAAGGUACCAACAGACUGAUGCAAAUUUGUCUAUAGAAGAACCUAUUCCAGAGCUGCCAUUGGUGAACUGACACCCCAAUAUCAUCACUGCCUGUUUGCAUGCAUCUUCAUUUCUAUGUUUUAUUUCAAUUCUACCUCUGUGUAAGCUACUGUAAAUAGAAGUGUAUGUAUUAUUUUCAUUGACCAAAUCUGUUAUACAGUGUCUUAUCUUCAAAGUGUAUGUCAUCUCCAUUGGUAUUCCAUAAGAAAACUUUACUUUAUAUGGCUCCAGACUACAGUUUGUUCAAUGCAAUAUUAGGAUGUGACAUAUGUGGGUUCUCUUUAUAGCUUUUUAUACGAAGACUGAUAGAACAAUGUCAUUAAAGCAUAUCACAGACAACACAUUUUAUGGGGAUGAUGUAAUUAAAAGAAAUCUAUUUUAUAUUACUAAUAUAUGUAUUUUGUAGAUAAUCGAGGACAUAAAUGUAUAAAGAAAAUCUUAAUAUAAAAUAUACUGUAUACACCCCACCAUGACUUCUUUCUUUCAAAAUAUCUCACUUUGCUUGAACUCAGAGAAUCUUGAUUACAAAAUUCUGACAGUGUCACCUGCUGCUCUAUCCUAUGGUGGGCUACUUUUUUCCCAUAUGCCCAGACCUGAUGACAGGCAUGAUGGGUGAAUGGGCCUACUACUUUCUCCACAGUGCACGUUUCAGGUCAUUCCCCCUGUACCUUCUCUCACAGUCCCCGCUUUCGAGGUUAACACCAUCAGACUCUUCUGCAAAUUCUCCCUGCAACUGGCUGUUGUCUUUCGUUCCCCAGGCUGACCCCACCAGUUUUUGGAUCAAUUUGCUGCUUGGCUUCCUCAUUUUCUAUCGUCCAAGUUACCAACUCUUAUCAUGGGUGAUUUUAGCAUCCUCAUUGACAUUGCAAUCUCCCCAUCGGCCUCUCACAACUCACUUCCUGUGCCACACACAAAGAUGGCAAUACUCUUGAUCUAGUCUUCUUCUGCCUCUGCUCUGUCUUUGACUUUAUCAACUCAUCCUUCCCGCUCUCUUUUCAGUCUUUUUUCCUUUACUAUAAAGAUCACUUACUCGUCUCAUGACAUUCCUACGUUUCACACAUACAGAAACCUACACACCAUUAACUCCCAGCAACUUAUUGACACACUACAGCUAUCACUGGCACCAAUCUCUUCCCUUUCUUGUCCUGAUCUGGCUGCCAAUCAUUACACCUAUACCCUCAAAACCAUCCUGGAUGAAGCAGCUGCCAUUACACGCCAGCCUUUCUGACAGAGACCACAGCAACCCUGGCACACCCGUGAAACAUGUUUUCUUCACAGGUGCUCUAGGUGUGGCAAAUGUUUAUGGAGAAAAUGAGGAAUAUCUGCAGAUUUUCUCAAUUAUAAAUUUACACUUAAAACCUACAACUGUGCAUACCACUUUUCCACACAGACCUAUUUCAUCUCUCUCAUCUCCUCACUUUCAAAUAACCCGAAAAACACUCAAAAAUAAGAUUGAUAGCAUCCUGCAGUUGAUAAUCUCCAAGUCACCAACCAGUUUCAAUCCCCCUCCCUCCCACACUUCCUCUUGCUUUCUCAGGCUCCUCUUACUCUUGACCAACUACCUGCAGCAGUGAUUCUUUUCCUAUCUAUUGGCCUCAAGGACUCUGUUCUCUCUUGUUUUCUCCCUAUCUCUCUGGCCAUUCUUUCACUGUAUCAUUUGCAGGUACUACUUCUUCCUCUUGAUGUUGGGUUUCCUCAGUGUUCCAUCUUAGGUCCUCUCCUCUACGAUCCGGCAAACUAUCAGCAGAUUUGGUUUUUAUUACCAUCUCUAUGCUGAUGACGCCAAAUAAUAUACUUCAUCCAGUGAAAACACCUCUGCAGUAUUACAGAACACAAAUGACUGUCCGGUGUCUCUAACAUUGUGUCCUCUCUCUGAAAAAACUGAAUAUUUCAAAAACUGAACUUCUUGUCUUUUCCCCAACUACUAGCCAAUCCGGAUAUUUCAAUGUCAGUCUGUGGUACUAUCAUUAAGCCUGGGCAUAAUGGCUGCUGUCUUGGGGUUAUGUUUGACUCAGAUCUUUCCUUUGCUACACAUAUUCAAUCACUGGCACGCUUAUGUCGUCUGCACCUCAAGAAGGUCUCCAGAAUCCACCCUUUUUUCACAGUGGAAACAGCCAAAACUCUUAUUGCUUUGAUUAAUUCUGGUCUUGACUACUGUAACUUAUUAUUUAUUGGUCUUCCCCUCACUAAACUCUCCCGCCUUCACUCUGUCCUAAAUGCAGCAGCCAAGCUAAUCUUUUUUGUCCAACUGCUACAGUUCAAACUUCUCACCCUCACCCACAAAGUCCUGCACAGCGCUGCACCUCCAUGCAUCUCCUCCCUUAUUUCCGUCUACCACCCUACUUACGCUCUCCAUUCUGCCAAUGAACUAAGAUAAACUUCCUCCAUAAUUCGAACCUCUCAAUCCCGUCUUUUCUCGAGCUGCACCUGCUCUCUGGAAUGCACUGCCCCAGACAAUCGGGUUAAUUCCCAACUUCUUUUGCUUUAAACGUGCCUUAAAAACAAAUCUUUUUAGGCAGGCUUAUACUUAAACUGAAUCCCCCCCUCCGACCCUCAUUCUUCAGAACUGAAUGCCAUCGUCCUUACACUCAAUGCACUAGCUCAUGCAGCUCCAUCUGCACUGCUCUAUUUAGUACCGUGAUGACCAGACUACUUUCCCUUUGUGUCACCCCCAUUUUCUCAUAGAUUGUAAGCUCUUGAGAGCAGGGCCCUCACUCCUAGUCUUUCAGUUGUAUAUUAGCCAUUAAUUCUGCAAUGUCUAUUUUGAUUUAUACAUGUACCUACUGAAUUGUAAAGCGCUGCAGAAUAUGGCGUCGCUAUAUAAAUAAAGAUUAUUAUUAUUAUGAUGGAGAACACAAUUGUGGUUCUGCACAGUGUUUUAUGAUAGAUUUCUGACUUCAUAUUUGUGUGUAUAUAUGACAUACAUAAUUAUUAUAUAUCGGAGGAACAAACUGAUAUUGUAAAUCCCUUUUUUUUUUUUGCAUUUUUAAAGGGUUAUCUGGAAGCAAAAAAUAAAAUAAAGGCCCACAUAAUACUUAUACCCCAUGUCAUCCUAAUUGCAAAAACUAGUGUUUCUUGUUA